AAUUUUCAGGCAGGUAAUUUGUAGGAAGAAAAAAGAAAAGUCAAAAUAGAAACAGUGACUAUUCCGCGUGAGUGAUCAAUGACGCGCUUUUCCUACUGCUUUUGCUUUUCCUCAGUGAUCAUGUUGCUGCUUUCACUUACUUUUCUACUAUAUUUCUCUUCUGCUUUACCCAAACUCUGUUGAAUCUCACCUUCUUUCAUGGCUUCUUUUUUUGACAUCGACACCGACACCGCCUUGAGAUUGUUACUAUCCUGCGCUGAAGCUAUUGAAGAAUAUGGGGAUCUGAAAAGCGCCGAUGCGUUCCUUCAUAAUAUCUUGAUUCUUGCUGAUCAGAUACCCAACUGGUUUCAAGAUGAAAUCAAAGUGGUGAAAUACUUUGCGGACGCUCUGGCUCGCCGAGCCUACGGACUGCAUCCCGCUUCUUCCUUCUUCACUUUCCCGGUUGAUCCUUUACCAUAUUAUCAUUAUAACAGCUACCAUAUUAAUGGCGUCAUAAAAAAAGUUGUCGAUGGUGCUUUGAUGGGAAGCAGGCGAUUGCACGUCAUUGAUUUCUCCAUCCCGUAUUACAGGUUUCAGAAUUCAGUUCUUCGUACACUACCGAACUUCUCCGGCGAUCCUCUACCCGUCCGUGUAAGUUACACACUUCCACCAUUUCUGAAAAAACAUGUAAAGUUCUCACGCCAAAUGGAGAUUUUGACUAAGGAUGCCGAGGAAGUUAAUGUAAAGUUGGAGAAUGAAUUGAAAGUGGUUUAUGGCAAUAGUUUGGCAGAAGUGGAUGAAUGUGAAAUAGAUUUCAAAAGAAGAAGAGAUGAUGAAAUGGUGGUGGUUUACUAUAAAUUUAAACUUGAUAAGUUGGUAAGAGAAGCAAAAGCAAUGGAGAGAGAGUUAGCAAGAUUGAAGGAGAUAAAUCCGACGAUUGUAAUCAUGCUAGACUUUUAUUCUAAUCAUAGCGACUCCAAUUUCUUGACAUGUUUCAAGGAUUCAUUUCAGUAUUCCUUGAAGACUCUUGAUUACUGGGCGGAGUUGGACCAUUAUCUUGAAGGGGAGUAUGGGUGGGAGUGCAACAGAGAGGCAGGGGAAGGUAAUAAUAUAAUUAGGCGGCACCCAAGUUUGACAGAAUGGCAACAUCUCUUUUCAAUGGCUGGCUUUAGUCGAAUUCCAUUAAACCACAGGAAAGAUAAUCUUAGCGUUGAGGAUAAGAGUUUGUUAGAAAUAAUGGGGGAGGAAGAAGAGUGUUUGAUUUUAGGUAACAAGGGACGUCCAAUGUUUUUCUUAUCGGCAUGGAAACCCAAAGUUGAAGAUGGACACUUCAAUUCCAUUUCCACCAACCAUAAGUUUGGACUAGGUUUCAAUCCAAAUCCUCUGCCUCUUCAGCCUCUUCAACCUUUUCUAGAGGGCUUGAUAUUGAAUCGAUUAGCUACACUUGCUGAGAUACAUGACAUAUCAAAAGAUUUAUGUUGUAAAUAUAAGCUUUCAUUGGCUUUAACAUGGGCUGCUGAGGUUAACAAUAUGAAUGAAACCAUCUCGGAUCCUAAGAAGAAACAUGCUUUUUCUAUCCAAAGUAAUUCUUGUUAUGUGAAAGAUAGUAAAUCUUAUCGUUUUAUGUUUGUUUCUGAAUGCCUGAUUAGUGGCCUCAUUAUUGAGAAAGCACUUGAAGCCAGGGACGGCUACCAUUUUGAACCAUCUGUUACUAAGGUACUUACUAAGGUAGAAGACUUCAGAUAUUCCAUGUUAAAGGAUUGUAACAUAGAUGUUGUUGUUGCCAUUUGUCUACAAAAUCGUCACACAAGUGAUGAAGUUUAUAUCGUAGAAUUUUAUUGGCCUCCAACUGAGAGUGAAAUAUCAAAAUUUUUAGCUCUUCGAAUCUUCGAUGACUUCAAACAUAUGAAGACAACGUUUAUAACAGUAAAAGUUCGAGGCCCCGAAAUUAAGUUCCAAGAAGAAGCCAUUUCAAGCGUUCCUACAUCUUCAAACACAGCAAUGCCUUCGAAAAUAGCUGAAAAUGCGCAUAUUGAGCAGAUUAUUUUCAAUGAUGGCUCUCAGAUUGUGGAAACAAAACGAAACAAACAGAGAAAGUCGUGGUCAAAGGUUUGGGUGGACUUUGAUAAGUUUGAAGAACAUGGAAAACAAGUAGCCAAAUGUAAACACUGCCUCAAGGUGUUUACAGGGUCAAGUAAGAGUGGAACCACACACUUGAAUAACCACUCGAAAGUAUGUCCUGGUAAGAAAAAACAAAAUCAAGAAAGCCAGUUGAUACUUCCAGUUGAUACCAAUGAAAGAAGCUCAACGUUUGAUCAAGAAACGAGUCACUUGGAUCUUGUGAAAAUGGUUAUUAGGCAUCAGUAUCCAUUAGAUCUGGCUGGUCAAGAAGCCUUCAAGAAUUUUGUGAAAGGUUUGCAGCCAAUGUAUGAAUUUCAAUCAAGAGAUAAAUUGUUAUCUGACAUACAUCACAUCUAUAAUGAAGAGAGAGAGAAACUUCAGUUGUAUUUUGAUAAGCUUGCUUGCAAAUUAAAUUUGACAGUAAGUUUGUGGAAGAACAAUCAUGGAAAGACUGCAUAUUGUUGUUUGAUAGCACAUUUUAUUGAUGAUGGUUGGGAACUAAAGAUAAAGAUUCUUGGCUUGAGGAAAUUAGAGCAUGUAUAUGACACAAAGGUCGUAGGUGGAAUUAUUGGGAGCUUUGUUUCGGAGUGGAAUAUAAGUAAGAAAGUAUGUUCCAUAACUGUGGAUAACUCUUUUCUGAAUGAUGGUAUGGUUCAUCAGAUAAGAGAAAAUUGUGUUAGCGAGCAGGGCUCCCUUUCUACAGCCCAUUGGUUCAUCAGUUUCACACUUCUUGAGGAUGGGUUUCGUGAGAUGGAUACCAUACUUUCAAAGUUAUGGAAAUCCAUUGAAUAUGUCACUGAAACAACGCAUGGAAAACUGAACUUUCAAGAAGCUGUAAAUCAAGUGAAGCUACAAGGUGGGAAAUCAUGGGACGAACUUUCUUUCAAGCUGGAAUCAGACUCUGACAUACUUGAUAGUGCCUUGAGAUCAAGAGAAAUAUUUUGUAAGCUGGAGCAAAUUGAUGACAAUUUUAUGCUAAACCUAUCAAAGGAGGAAUGGGACAAGGUAGUAACUCUACAAAGUUGUUUCAAAUGUUUUGAUGAUAUCAAAGGAACUCAAUCCCUUACUGCAAAUUUGUACUUCCCGAAGCUCUGCAACAUGUAUGAGGAAUUUGGUCAACUAAAAAAGAGCAAUCAUCCGUUUGUUAUAUUGAUGAAGAGGAAAUUUGACAACUAUUGGAGCUUAUGUAAUGUGGCUUUCACUAUUGCAGCUGCUCUUGAUCCAAGGUUGAAGUUUAGAUUCACAUGUAAUGAGACCUAUGAUCUUGAAAGUAUGAUGAAGCUGAAAAGAUUUCGUAAAGUUCUCAUGGAUGUUUACUUUGACUAUGCUAAUGAAGCCAAAAAUCUGAGUGCAUCAUCUUCGGUCUUGGAUGAUUCCAAUUCUUUAACAGCAGAGACCACAAAAGAUUGUAUUGUGAGCUAUUUCAGUAAAUUUGUAUCUGCAAGCAAUGUUAAAGAGGUGGCUUCACAGAAGUCAGAGCUUGACUGUUACUUAGAAGAGACUUUGCUUCCCUCGGAUGCAGACAUACUUGGUUGGUGGCGUAUUAAUUCUCAAAGGUUCCCUACACUUGCAAAGAUGGCUCGUGAUUUCCUCGCAAUCCCAGUAUCAGUUUCCUCACCAUGUUCGAAUGUUAGUGCUAUGACCAUAAAUCCAGCCUACAGUAGCUUAGACCCUGAGAGCAUGGAAGCUCUGGUAUGCAGUCAAAAUUGGUUGGAAUCUACAAAAGAAAAUGAUGGAGAACAUCAUGAACCCAUGCAAAAUAUGGAUAAAAGGAAAAGAAAGAUGGAAGAGAAUGACACUUCUACUGUAAAAGUUUUCAAAAACCGGACUCAUGAAAAAGCUAGUAGUAAUGGAGACAUUGCUAGUGAUUUCAACAAAAAUGAAACUAAUCAUGGAAGAAACAUUGCUGCCGCAAUUGAAAUUCCAAAUGAUGAACCAUCAUUCAACAGUAAUCAAUCGGAUCAAUUUCAAAGCUCAUCUUCCGAGUCUGAUGAUGAGACAACGUUGAGGGAGCAAGGGUCAUGGUAUAAAGAGAAAGAAAAUUGGACGAGACAAGGAAUUUCAAUUAAUGGGCGAGAACCUAACACCUUUACUCGUGGCGCCUCAUUGUGAUGAAUCACUAAUAGAGUACUAUAUCGAUGAUUCGGUCGUUAAUACUUAUUUUAAAUUGCUUAAGAAGAGAUCCGACAAAUUUCCAAAUGUAUACAUCAAACAUUAUUCGUUUGAUUCUCUAAUAAAUGUAAGAAUUUUUAUCCCGCCAAAAAUUAUUGGUAUUUU